UUAAAUCCUACGACAAACUUAUGGUAGCAUCAGGACUCAGAUCAGAUGCUGAGUUAUCUCUUCCAAAGGCAGACACAGAUCUCCAAUCCGAAAUUAUGAAGACAACAAGGGGGAGAGCCAUUCUUUUGAACCAAGAUCAACAAAAGCAAGAUAUUGGAUUGUCAACAGUAAACUGUCUUGCCUAUGCAGUUGCCCACAUCUACAAUGACAUGUGAGGCACUGUCUGGUUCAUGUACUUGCUGUAUUUCAUCACCUACACGGCUGACUAUGGGCCUAAAGUGGCCUCUGCAGCUCUGCUGUCAGGCCAAAUUACAGAUGGAAUUGCAGCCAACUUAAUUGGGUUUCUGAUCGACAAAACAAAGACCAGGAUUGGCAAAACGACCCCAUGGUUCUUAUUUGGAACUUUCUUGACCAUGCCCAUGUUCUUUCUAACUUUUGGACCCUGAUAUGCUUGAGAUAUCGUUUGAUCAUUCACAAGUCAAGGGUCUUGUAGCUCUAACAUGUAUCAAACAAUCCUAUAUGCAAAUUACAUAAUUGUUCCUGCUUUGCUCAAUAUUGGAUGCGCAGCAAUCCAAGUUUCGACCAUGUCCAUCAUUGUGUCGAUUACCUACGACCAGGCGCAGAGAGACUCCUUGAUAUCGUACAGGAAUGCAUGCACGUUCGGAUCGAACUUGUUCACUCUUUCGAUUGCUCUACUGUUGUUUAAGUUUGUUCCGGAUGGAAUCUGGCAAUUUAGAAUUCUAAUCUGCAUUUGUACUAUUAUCGGAAUCAUUACCAGUGUAUUCUAUUUAUACGGUAUUCGAGAAGUGGAUUUAUCCUUAAAAGCAUUAUCUCAAGACAUCAAAUUCUCAACUUGGUCAGUCGAGUCUGCUGGCAACUCAGUAUCCCAUUGGUGGGAAUGGCUGUCGAUUCAGCAGUUCUACUACUAUGGCCUUGCAUAUACACUUGCUAAGAUGACGAUAAACCUGACAAUGAUGCUGAUUCCAUUCUAUCUGGUUCACGUGAUGAUGUUCAAGCAGGCAGAAGAAACUCCAACUCCGCUAGCAAUUGCAUCAGUUCCGCUUGCAUCAUACUUUAGUUCGAUGGCUUUCACACUGAUAAUAUCGAAAAGACUCAACAAGUACUUCGACCAAAGAAACAGGCUAAUAGGGUUGCUCAUAUCUUCUUGCUUAGUUGCAAUAUCUUCACUCCCUUUCCUUUGGAUCACAGUUAGACUCCACUGGGUCAUUUACAUCUUGGUGGCAAUUCAGGGUCUCGGGAUGGCUCUGGGUCUGAACAUCACCAGCAGUCUGAUCUCUGACAUGCUUGGGAGAAACAGCAAGACCAAUGCCUUCGUGUAUGGAACUUAUGGACUUUUUGAUAGAUUCGCUAGUGGGGCUGUCUUAACAAUAUGAGCAACAGUGAUAGAGGAAGAGAAGUGGCUGAGAAUCCUAGUUGGGAUCAUCCCCAUGUGCACUAUGUUAGCUGCGUCCAUCCUUGUCAGAAUUGCUGGAAGAAUCAAAUAAUUUCAACCAUAAAUAAUCCUCCA